AUGGAGGACACUUCGUCCUCCGCCACUCCAAGAAAUAGCAUUAGCUGUUUCAGAGUUUCUAAACUUAAAGAGCUCGAGCAAAUUAAUGUAGAGCUCUUGGAAAAAGUUAAAACACUGGAGAAUGUUUGUAAUCAACUCCACCAGGAAAAUGUAUCCCUAAGAGCACAGUUUGCGGAAAUUCAAACAGCAAACCAGAACCUCUCUAUCAAUGAAGAUGUAAUAAAUAUGGAAGAUUCUAGCGAAAAUACAGGCGUCCAUGCCGAAAAUAAUGUUGUCCAGCCAACCGUGUACCUAACGGACGAGGAGGAAUUAGCUAGGGAAACUGAAUGGAUCCUCAAGAAAAAGAAGAAGAGCCAGAAAAGGUCCAAUACCCUGACACAGCAAACUGACGAUGAAGUCUCUACUACACCAGCAGUCCAAGAGAUGCCUGCUAAAACACCAGAGAAUGCGGAAACCGCCGAGCCAAGGCCCCCCACAAGGCCACUUCGCCCACCACCUAUUAUAAAAUUACAGAAAACCCUGCAACCUCAGCCAGUCGAAAAUCUCUCACAAGCAAUCCCGUGCACUUCCGCCAAUACAGUAUCAAUUCCACAAAGAAUUCAACCGCAACAACAACGUCCAAGUCAAUCAUACUCUGCAGCAACGAAAUUAAAUAGUACACAGCAAGCAAACGCAAUUCACCCCAGUAAUAACUCAAGAGGAGGGAGCGCGGUCAUUGUUAAAAGCUCGAUCGAGCAUUGGCUCGAAAAUAAGAUAGGUGUACAGGAAUUUCAAGCUACAACGGUUACAAUUAUAGUAGACAAAUCUCCGUUAUCUAUAACAUCUGUAUAUAGUCCACCGAGGCACAACAUAAAAUCCAAACAGUAUGAAGAACUUAUUAACGCACACAAACAUAAGUUUAUGAUGGGAGGUGACUUCAAUGCGAAGAAUAUCCAGUGGGGCUCUAGACUAACUACGCCUAAGGGCAAAGAACUCUACCGUGCACUGCAGCAUACGGGUUGUGCAGUAAUUUCAACUGGCAAACCUACUUAUUGGCCCACAGAUAUCUCGAAAAUUCCUGACGUGAUCGAUUUUUUUGUAACUAGAAAAAUCGAACGAACCAAACUUAUAAUAGAAGAAGGUCAUGAACUAAGUUCUGAUCACUCUCCGAUUUAUCUGACGUAUUCGAGCCAACCUAAUGUUAAACAAUCCUGCGCCGUCUUAACUAAUAAGUAUACAGACUGGGACUAUUUUAAACAUCUCAUUACGAACUCAGUUAAGCAUUCACCCAUUAAUAGCAAGGAAGACAUCGAAAAAGAAGUAGACGUUUUCACAAAAAUAAUUCAAUUAGCUGCUUGGAAUAGUACACCGAAGAAAACUUUUGUUGCUUCCCCUAUAAGCUCCUCCUUUAUAGCGAAUGACAUUCCAGCUACCGAUUUAGCUAUAAAGGUACCUCCCUGCGACACGGAGCUGUUCUAUGGAGGCUACGAAGAAUGGCCAGCAUUUAGAGACAUGUUCUCUGCGGUAUAUGUCGACCACCCUAGACUACCGCCUGUUCAAAAGCUUUAUCACCUCCGCCUCAAGUGUCGCGGGCAGGCAGGAGAGAUUGUGAAGAAGUAUAAGCUCUGCGGUGAAAAUUUUUGCUUAGCAUGGGAGGCUUUGCGUAUGAGGUACGAAAAUAAAAGGAUAUUAGUGGACAAUCAACUUAAAAUUCUUCUAAAUUUACCUCCCAUUACUUCCGAAAGUUGUGAGUCCCUUCAAUACUUGCGAAGCACAAUUAAUGACUGCCUCUCUGCUCUGAAGGCGCAGAAUAUCUCGACAAAGGACUGGGAUCCUAUACUUAUUUACAUUUGCUCCACUAAACUUCCCCACGAAACUCUCUCCCUGUGGGAACAGUCCCUGAAAUCUCACAAGGAACUUCCAGAAUGGGAACAAAUGGACACCUUUCUCUCACAUAGGUAUGAAGUGGUGGAACGUUUGAAUAGCAUUCAAGAUGCACGACCUGCAACUAAAGAAAUUCAUAGGGAAAGUACUACUGUGACCAAGAAUGAAGCCAGUUUCCCGUGCAAGAUAUGCAAACUUAACCACCCAUUGAAACAAUGCCCAGAAUUUAAAAAGCUUGACCCACAAUCUCGAAGCACAUUUGUCUCCUUAAAUAACAUAUGCAUUAAUUGUCUCUCUUAUACUCAUACUCGGAAGAACUGUCAGAGCAAAUUCACAUGCAACACUUGUAACAAGAACCAUCAUUCACUACUGCAUUUUACCCGAAAUGGAGCUAGUUCUAAUCAAAAAAGCUAUAGUCCAAAAUCACCGGUUAGCGACGAAUCUCAGGCCCCAGAAGAAGCCCCGGAUUCUUCUUAUACGCAUCACAGCAAUGUAACUUUGGAAACAGCUUCACACUUUACUUCUAAUGCUGACAAUUCUUGGAAAGGAAACACUUUGCUACCUACUGCUGUUGUCCAAAUAAAGCACAAUGGUGAUUUGUUAAAAGCAAGAGCUUUUCUUGAUCAAGGCUCUGAGCGCUCUUUUGUUUCGAAGACUCUUCAGCAGCGAUUAAAGCUUGUGGUUGAGAAUAAGAAUUUCCAGAUCCAUGGAAUGGGUGGUGAAAUUGUGGCAAAUUCUAAUUCCAUAUGUUCGUUAACUCUGUAUUCAGAGAAGCAUGAGAUUGAGGUGAAUUUGGGAGCGAUAGUUGUCCCAAGAAUCACAAGGCUUUUACCUAAUUUCGAGAUAGCCAAGUCACAAACCAAUUUUAGUGGCAUAGAGGGUUUGGAACUCGCAGACCCUGAUUUCUACACUCCUGGGAAUGUAGACUUGCUCCUCGGCAGCGAUGUGAUGCCCUCUCUUCUCAUAAACGGGUUACGUAAGAUUUCUGAAUCUCUCCUUGCUCAAGCCACAAUAUUCGGUUGGAUUAUUAGCGGGCCUAUUCAGUGUCAAUCUGUUUCGGCAUUCUCCAUUGGAAUUUCUGAAAUGGAUGACGAAGCCAUUAGUACACAACUCAGAAGAUUUUGGGAGCAGGAAGAGAUACCGAAUAAGAUUCCCUUUUCGAAAGAAGAUGAGUUCUGCGAAUCUCUGUAUUUGAAGACCACGUAUAGGAAUAAGGAUGGCCGAUAUGUGGUUAAACUUCCAUUCAAACCUGGGUUUCCACGGGAGAUGCCUUUGGGGUGUUCUCGUUCUAAAGCCCUCAUCCAGUUUAUUGGUAUGGAAAAUUCUUUGAAAAAAAAUUCCGAGUUUGCCGAAACUUAUCGAAAUGUUUUGGCCGAAUAUUUGACACUUGGUCAUAUGACACCAACAUCAUCUCAGGAAAUAAUUUCCCAAGGUUCAUUUCACUCAUAUUAUAUGCCUCACCAUGCGGUUAUGAAGCCCGACAGUCGGAGUACUAAGCUAAGGGUAGUCUUCAAUGCUUCAAGGAAAAGUAACUCAGGCAACUCCUUAAAUGACAUCUUAUUAGUUGGACCAACCCUACAACUGGACCUCAUGACCCUGAUCGUUAAUUGGCGGCUAUAUCAGUACGUUUUUUGCGGUGAUAUAGAAAAGAUGUAUCGCCAGAUCUUGGUCCAUGAUGGAGACACUCCCUUUCAACGAAUCGUCUUUCGGAUGAACCCAUGCGAUCCCAUUCAAGACUUCACACUCCGAACGGUGACAUUUGGUGUAAAUUGUGCACCAUAUUUAGCCAUCAGGACAUUAUUACAGCUUGCCAAAGACUCUGAGGAUCGUUUUCCUCAGGCAGCACAUAUUUUAAGAAAUGAGACAUACGUAGACGAUAUUCUGACAGGCUCUCAUGAUUUAAAUUCGGCUAUAAAAGUGCUCUCUCAAAUCAUUACGGUAUUGGAAUCUGCUGGAUUUCAUUUGAGAAAAAUAUCGGCAAACACCAAAGAUAUACUGGAAUCCGUUCCCAACGAAUCACUCUUAGAUUGUGACUUUCUCAAGUUCGCAGAAACAAGCGGUACUAAAACGCUUGGAAUACAGUGGAACGCGCUGAAAGAUUGUUUUUCAUAUAAAAUAGAACCCAUAGAAAAACAAUUAGAUAUUACAAAAAGAAAAAUACUGUCCACUGUCGCAAAAAUAUUUGACCCGGCGGGGUGGAUUUCGCCCAUUAUAAUCCAGUCAAAAAUGCUCCUACAACAUCUCUGGUUGGAAGGAACUAAGUGGGAUGAAAGCGUCAAACCCAAUACCCUGCUCAAGUGGAAUCAAUUUGUAGAUAACAUACAGCUAAUACCCAACAUACAUAUUCCUCGCUGGGUAAAGUUUGCCCCCCUUGUCUCUACGCAGAUUCACGGUUUCUGUGACGCGUCUGAGAAGGCGUAUUGCGCGGUUAUCUAUUUACGUGUCCAAAGAAAUCAAUCAACGGAAUCUAAUUUAUUUGUGUCAAAAACCAAAGUGGCUCCGCUAGAACCCGUAAGUCUACCAAGACUGGAAUUGUGUGGUGCUCUACUUCUCUCUCGGUUGGUGAAAAAAGUACUGUCUCAACUCCCGAUAAAUAAUUAUGACCUCUACUUAUGGUGUGACUCAUCGAUUGUCCUCGGCUGGUUAGAAAAACCGCCAUCAUCAUGGAAGACAUACGUCGCUAAUAGGACAGCAGAAAUUAUUCGAAAUAUUGGUAACAUUUCAUGGCGUCACAUUCGAUCAGCAGACAAUCCAGCAGAUGUGGGUUCUAGGGGUUGUAAUACUAUGGACCUCAUGCAGAAUUCCUUGUGGUGGAAGGGUCCAACAUGGCUUAUAGAGCCGCCAAACGAAUGGCCAAAGUCUCUUCCUGCAUAUAUUGACCCGCCCGAAAAGAAAAAGAUAAAUGUUUUCCAUAUGAACGAAAUUGUAGAUCCCUUAGAAAGAUUUUCAAGGUGGGACCGCGCCAUACGAGUAAUUUGCUAUGUACGAAGGUUUUUGCAUAACUCCCACAAAGAAAAACGACAACAACACACUCAAGACUCCAACAUUAUAACACAUUCCGAAUUCACCGAAACAAAAAACUUGCUAAUUACUUUGGCCCAAAGGCAGUACUAUGGCAAGGAAUAUCAUUCACUUUUGACGUCAAAACCUAUUAGCAAGAAAAGUCCUUUAUAUUCUCUAAAUCCUUUUAUUGAUAAAUGUGGGGUACUCAGAGCCUCAGGCAGAAUCUCAAAUUCAGAUUUCGCCUUUAACGAACGCCAUCCCAUCAUAGUCCCCGUAAAGUCCAAAUAUUGCACUUUAUUAAUCGAGUUUACUCACAUUUUUUUGAUGCACGCCGAACACAACCUAAUGAUAAGGACAAUUCGAAGCGAAUAUUAUGUAUCGAGGCUUAGAUCAGCAAUAAAGAAAUGCAUACAUCAAUGCAAAACUUGCAUUGCAUAUAAACAGCGCCUCCAAACACAGUUCAUGGCAGCAUUGCCUAUUGAACGAAGCAAAUUUUCCCCUCCGUUCACCAUAACAGGUCUAGAUUUCGCGGGACCAUUUCCAAUAAAGGUGUCUCGACUACGACAGGCUACAUUUCUUAAAGGUUAUGUUUGCAUUUUUAUUUGUCUAAGUACGAAAUCCAUCCAUUUGGAACUCUGCUCGGACCUUUCAUCUGCCUCAUUUCGGGCUGCCUUUGUAAGAUUUGUUGGAAGGCGAGGCCUGCCACAAAAGUUGAUGUCGGAUAAUGGUACUAAUUUUGUGGGGGCUGAGAGAGCAUUUAAUUUCCAAUAUGUCCAUUUUCUCAAAGCCAUAUCCAAGGAUAUUGUUGAAAAGUACGCUACACAUGGAUUUCAGUGGACCUUUAUUCCUCCCAAUGCCCCACAUAUGGGGGGAAUUUGGGAAGCUGGGGUGAAAUCCUUUAAAAUGCAUUUUCGGAAAGUAACCCAGAAUGCCAAAUACACGUUCGAGGAAUUUUGCACCCUUUUAGUACGAAUCGAGGCGGUCUUAAAUUCUCGACCCCUAUCACCGAUGACGGACGACCCUUUGGAAUUAUUAGCCUUGACCCCAGGUCACUUUUUACGAGGUGCUCCUAUGGUUGCUAUGCCGGAGGCUACUGACGAGACAUUUCCUAUUGUAGACAAAUGGGAUAAACUCAAAUCUAUCCAACACCAAUUUGCUCGGAGGUGGAAGGAUGAGUACAUUAAGGAACUUCAAAGCAGAUACAAGUGGCAGCGUUUGCAAAAGAAUUUAUCCGUAGACCAGUUCGUCCUUAUUAAAGACGACUCCUUGCCUCCGUGUGAAUGGCGGUUGGGUCGCAUUACAAAAGUUUAUCUAGGACCAGACGGUCUUGCCCGGGGACAGAAGAAAUUCCAGAAUCCAUCAAUGCCUAAUUUGUAA